AUGAGAGUCAUGGAUCUGAUAGAUAUGAAGACAGAAGAGCGAAAAACCCAUACCCGUAUAAUGGAAGGCAUUUUGAAGUUUGUGGAAAUCACGGUUAACCUCCUGGUGCUGAUUUGCGUGGGCGCUGCCCAAGCCUCUGUUGCAGGCUUCACCUCCCUUGGCGGCUUCGGCACCGGAUCCUUUAGCCUGAAUUCGGCUUAUAGCCCCUUUGAGGGCACGGAGCUCCAGGAGGUGAGGGAUCUGGACAUGCAGUUCACGCAGAUGAGAGCCCCCUGCGUGUAUGGCGGAGUAGCCUUCAGCCUAACAGCAGCAGUACUUACCCUCGUCUUCCUUGUUGUGGGGGCAAAACCCAUCCAGCAGCUCAGGAUUCGGCUGCUGGCGGGCGAAUGUGCCUUCAACCUGCUGGCCGGCGUGGCGUACGGCGUGGCGGUCGGCCUCUACCUGCAUUUUGUCAGCCAGGUGAACUCGACGGAAGUUUGCAAGAGGCGCGAGAGGCUGUAUGCACGCCGCGGUUAUACCUCCAUGAACUGCGUGGUCCAGGGCGGUGACGCGGCCGUCGCCCUUUUUGGCGUCACUGCUGCCUGUUUGUACUUUGCCAGCUUUGUGGUCUGCAUCCUUGCUAUUCGAACCGUCCGGGCCUUCCAGAGCCACGCGGCCAAGGCUCAGCACAGCCCCAAAAGCGGCGUUAGAGACAGAAGCGUCAGAAACCACCAUGCCGUCCACAGGACCUCUGAAAGCUCCCACAACGUGCAGGCUCUUGCCACGUUAGUGUGA